GUCGCCGCGAUGUGGCUGAGGCCCGAAGAGGUGCUGCUCAAGAACGCGCUCAAGCUGUGGGUGCUGGAGCGCUCCAACGACUACUUCGUGCUGCAGAGGCGGCGAGGCUGUGGGGAGGAAGGCGGCGGGCUGGCCGGCCUCCUGGUUGGGACGCUGGAUGCCGUCUUGGAUUCCACGUCCAAAGUGGCCCCUUUCCGCAUCCUGCACCAGACACCUGAUUCCCAAGUCUACUGGUCUAUUGCAUGUGGAGCCAGCAGAGCAGAAAUAACCGAGCACUGGGACUGGCUGGAACGUAACAUUAUGCAGACCCUCUCCGUCUUUGAUUCCAACGAGGACAUCACCAGCUUCGUGCAAGGGAAGAUAAGGGGCUUGAUCGCAGAGGAAAGCAAAGGCUCUCUGAACAAAGAGGAGGAUCCGGAGAAGUUCCGCGAAGCGCUCAUGAAGUUUGAGAAGUGCUUUGGUUUAGCUGAGCCAGAGAAGCUGGUGACUUAUUACUCCUGCAGCUACUGGAGGGGCCGAGUUCCAUGCCAGGGCUGGCUGUACCUGAGCACCAGCUUCCUUAGUUUUUACUCCUUUCUGCUUGGAGCUGAAAUAAGACUCGUCAUAGCCUGGGAUGCGAUCUCAAAACUCGAAAAGACGUCCAACGUGAUCCUAACGGAGAGCAUUCAUGUGUGUUCCCACGGGGAGGACCACUACUUUUCCAUGUUUUUGCACAUCAGUGAAACCUUCCUCCUCAUGGAGCAGCUGGCACUUUACACCGUUCGGAGGCUCUUUGACAAGGAGACUUUCGAAGAGGAUCCUGUCCUCCACGAUCCAUUGCAAAUCACCAAGAGAGGCCUUGAAAGCCGAGCACACAGUGAGCAGUUCAACGCUUUCUUCAGGCUGCCCAAGGAGGAGUCCCUGAGGGAGGUGCACGAAUGUUUCUUAUGGGUGCCUUUCAGCCACUACAACACUCUGGGGAAAAUGUGCAUUUCUGAGAACUACAUCUGUUUUGCCAGCCAGGAUGGUUCCCUGUGCAGCGUCAUCAUCCCUCUGAGAGAGGUUGUAGCAGUUGAGUCAUCUGACCCCGCUAGCAAAGCCGUCAGCAUCAGCACCAGAGGGAUGAAAGCCUUUCGCUUCACGGAAGUCAGGGAUUUUGAACACCUGGUGACAAAGCUCAGGAGCAGGUGCAGCGCAGCCUCGAGCCCCCAGCACGUUGCGAACGUGGAGGUUGCUGCUGCCUCAAGCCCCGACUCUCUCUUGGACUACUACGAGGAGCAGCCGAUGGCCUGCCACAAGGGCAAUAGCAAGACGGUCAGCACGGAAGCGCUCAUGACGGUUUACCACCCCCAGGAUAUGGAGAAUCUGGAUUCUAAAAUGUUAAAAGAAAAAAUGAAAGAGCAGUCCUGGAAUAUCCUUUUCAUAGAAUGCGGCCGUGGCGUAAGUAUGUUUCGGACAAGGAAGACCCGAGACCUGAUUGUCAGAGGGAUCCCAGAGGUGUUGAGAGGAGAACUCUGGCUGCUGUUCUCAGGCGCUGUGAAUGACAUGGCAAGCAACCCUGGUUACUACACUGAGCUGGUCGAGAGGUCCCUGGGGACGUGCACUUUGGCGACGGACGAGAUCGAACGGGAUCUGCGUCGCUCCUUGCCUGAACACCCAGCCUUCCAAAGCGACACUGGCAUUUCUGCUCUCAGAAGGGUGCUCACGGCCUACGCCUACAGGAAUCCCAAGAUUGGAUAUUGUCAGGCAAUGAAUAUUUUGACUUCGGUGCUGCUGCUUUACGCCAAAGAAGAAGAGGCUUUCUGGCUUUUGGUUGCCGUGUGCGAAAGAAUGUUACCUGAUUAUUUCAACCGCCGAAUCAUUGGUGCCUUGGUAGACCAGGGGGUGUUCGAGGAGCUCAUCAGGGAGCACCUGCCCCAGCUGACGGAACACAUGACAGACAUGACGUUCUUCUCGUCGGUCUCCCUCUCCUGGUUCCUGACUCUGUUCAUCAGCGUGCUGCCCAUUGAGAGCGCCGUCAACGUGGUCGACUGUUUCUUCUACGACGGGAUAAAGGCCAUCUUGCAGCUGGGCCUGGCCGUGCUGGACUACAACAUGGACAAGCUGCUGACCUGUAAAGAUGAUGCAGAGGCUGUGACGGUUCUCAACAGGUUUUUUGACAGCAUCACCAACAAGGACAGUCCGCUGCCUCCAACGGUGCAGCAGGCUUCUGGGGCCAACGAAACGAAGAGCCAGCACCCCAAAGUGGAUGUCAGCGACCUCAUCCGCGAGUCAAACGAGAAAUACGGCGACAUUCGCUUUGAGGACGUGGAGAGCAUGCGCCGCCGGAACAGGCUGUACGUCAUCCAGACCCUGGAAGUCACAACAAAGCAAAAUGUGCUGCGUGUCAUCUCUCAAGAGGUGAAAAUCAGUCCCAGGGACCUGGAAGAUCUGUACGAGUUAUUCAAGAAGGAGCACUUUCUCUCUUGCUACUGGAGCGCGAACAGCCCAGCCCUGAAGCACCACGACCCCAGCCUGCCCUACCUGGACCAGUACCGCAUCGACUGCCAACAGUUCCGCCUCCUCCAUCAUCUCCUGAGCCCCUGGGCCCAUUGCGCAAACAAGGACUCCCUUGCCCUGUGGACCUUCCGGCUGCUGGACGAAAAUUUAGACGGCCUUAUCAACUUUAAAGAGUUUGCCUGCAUUCUCGAUACCAUGUAUUACGGAAGUUUUACCCACAAGCUCAAGCUGCUCUUCAAGCUUCACAUACCUCCCGCUUUCACUGAAGUGGAGUCCCUCAGCCCUUCCAAAGGUUCUCAGCUCUCAAAAGAAGAGUUGAUCCACUUCAGUCUAUUGAAUGUUUCCUCACCUGGGGACAGCGAGGAUGAAGGCGCUUCGAAAAGGAGCCCAGACAAAGGGAAAGGGAAACUUGACAUCCAGGCCUAUUUGAAGCAAUGGCAAGAUGAACUGCUUAAGAAGGAAGAAAAUAUUAAGGAUUUGCCACGAAUGGAUCAGUCCCAGUUCAUUCAGUUUUCAAAGACUCUGUAUAACUUGUUCCAUGGGGACCCGGAAGAGGAGCUGCUCUACCGUGCUAUCGCCAUCGUGACCAGUCUCUUGCUGAAGAUGGAGGAGGUUGGCAGGAAGCUCCAUGGCCCCACGGGGCCACCCAAAAGCGCUGCCCCUUCCGUGGCCGGCAUCAGCACAGAAAACAGCAGCGAGCUCCAGGAGACGAGGCCGCCCCAACAGACUGGUCGCCCAGGACCCCAGAUCCCCAGCAGAGGAGACGGCGAGUGGUCGUUUGCUUUCGAGCAGAUCCUGGCCUCUUUACUCAACGAACCUGCUCUCGUGAGAUUUUUUGAGAAACCGGUCGAUGUCAGAGCCGUGUUAGAAAACGCAAAAGCCACUCAGUUAAAAGUGAGAGUUCGGGUAUAGCACUUAAUGCGACUUAGGUUUCUGUCUCCCGUUUUGCUUAGUACGGG